GCGGCAGGUGUUUAGUUGGAUGCCCACUGAACCUUAAGGUCACUCUGAAUCUCUAUAGCAAGAAGAAAAGUUGGAGGUAGGAAACCUCUAAAUGAUCUUCCUCCUCCGCCCCUGGUGGUCGUCACUUCCAGUCUAGAUCUGCUGAGACGUGACUCUUUCUCCUGACAAGCCUCUUUGGGACGCCAUAAUCCAAUAAUCCCAAUCUCAGAUUCAUUGGCCGCAGCUACGCGUCCACUCUUCUGAGGCGAAUUUUCUUCAGCAACAUGUUCGACUGAGGCGGAAGAAGAUCUCAGAUGAGUGGUGACACAGGCAGGAAGCGAGGGCAGCGGGAGUGCAGGGGGCCCACGGUGAACAGGUCCAGUUGAGAGCCUCAGCGCUUCGCUGGACUCGCUUGCACUUGCUCUGCUUGAAUCACAGCAGAAUGCAGCGCCUGCCACACUCUGGCCGAGAGUCUAAUCUGCUUAUGAGCGGACCACCAGAGUGUCACGGCCCCCCUCCGCACCCCCACCCGCCAACCUCACCUGACUGGUUUUAGACGCAGGGCCAACCAAGGAUGGCGGUUUUGAAGGUGAAAUUCACCAAAACCAGGAGGGACAAGCUGGCGCAGGUGCUCUGGAUCCUCAACUGGAUCUCUGUGGUCACCGGCGCCAUCCUCUUCAGUCUGGGCAUCUACCUGAAGGUGGAGAUCAACAAGAGGGCGGAGCUAAUGGCAGACCGCGACGUUCAGUCCGUCCCCAACAUGCUGAUCGCGGUCGGCCUCAUCGCCUGCGCCAUCAACUUCCUGGGCGGGAAGAUUUGCUACGACUGUGCCGACGCCACCAAGUUCCUGCGCUGGAAGCUGAUCCUGCUGCCGUACAUCAUCUUCACCUUCUUCUUCACCUGCUGCAUCCUGGUGGGGGCGCUCAUGUGCUACACCAUGCAUGGACAGCUGGAAGAGUCGCUGCAGCUAGGACUGGCUGACGCCAUGAGGUUCUAUAAGGACACCGACAUUCCGGGCCGCUGCUUCCUGAAACGCACCAUGGACCUGCUGCAAAUCCAGUUCCAGUGCUGCGGCAACAACGGAUACAAGGACUGGUUCCAGAUCCAGUGGGUCAGCAACCGCUACCUGGACAUGACCCACCGAGAGGUGCAGGAUCGUCUGCGCAGCAACGUGGAGGGGAAGUACCUGAUGGACGCCGUCCCCUUCAGCUGCUGCAACGUCAACUCUCCGCGGCCGUGCAUCCAGAGCCAGGUCACCAACAACUCGGCGCACUUCAACUACGAGCACCAGACGGAGCAGCUGAACUUGUGGAGUUCUGGCUGCUGUCGCGCGCUGCUGGACUACUACACCAACAUCAUGCAGUCCAUCGGCCUCACUGUGCUGCUCACCUGGAUGUUCGAGGUCGCUCGGUGGUCUGGAAUCAGAUCACAUGAUCAUCCCUCUGUAAAUACAGAAAUCAUGAAAAGGCUCGACUUACCCUCUUCUCUCUUGCUACAGUUGUCGGUUCUGACUGGGGUCCGGUACCUGCAGACCUCGCUGGAGAACGUGCUGCGGCAAGGCGACCCGGACUCCGAGUCGGACGGCUGGCUGCUGGAGAACAGCUUCAUGGAGACGGCCCGGAUCAACCUGAACAUCAUCAAGAAUCUCGGCAAGAACAACCACGUCGACACGGCCAACAACGGAGACCCCAACAUCAACGUCCCCUCGUCGUCCAAGGCGCACUACGGCCCGGACAACCUGCCCCCGCAGAAGAGCCAGGCAGUUAGCUGAUGACGCCUGGGCGUUCCGGGGCACACAGGGCCAUUUCUGUGACCUAAUGUUUACAUGUGACAUCGCGCUGCCUGCUCCAGAGAGUCGCCGCCUGAUGACAUCAUCAUGUUACUUUGCCUGACUCUGCAUCCGUGCAUUCACGUGCACGUCCACUGGCCUUGAGAUCAGUCGGCCUUAUGAGACCAAAAGAUCACAAAUUCAUAAAUGACUUACGCACCCAGGCGUUAGUCUUGUUAGGAAAGCCUGAUCAUGUCGCGUUGUUGUCCGUAGAUUCUGCAAGAUCCUGAACCAAAAGAUAAAGACACCAACCUAAUCUCAGCUUCAGCCCCUCAUCUGUCACCAAUUCAGAGGUGUCUGCUAGAGGAGCCUUGGAACUUUUAGGUCUCUCUGGAUGGACCUACCGCCUCAUUCAUUUUAGUCACAUGUUCCUCUGAUCCCCUUGGUUGGGCCACCAACUAGAGACUGUAGGCUAGAGUGGGACCCUGAGUGUGCCUCACCACGGUGCAGAAGGAACCUCCGUACGCCAGGGAGGUUCAGUCCUAGUGAGGUCAUCUGGCAUGAGCCAAGAUCUGGCUCAUGCAGUGAAGGAGAUGAUGGGAGUCCAUACAUGGAUCUCCGGGAUGAAUGGCCUUGUUCCUGUGCUUACACUCUAAGGUACUAAGGCGUUGACUUCGGAUUCCAGCAGCAGUCAUUCUCAGUACUGUUGCUCCAUCCAGAUCUGUUAAUCUCUGUGGUGCCCAAGGAACGACUCCACCUCUUGGGACGGGUAUAAGUCCAUGCAUUCUUCUCCCUCCAUCAUGUGAUUUAUUUGUAUUUAUUUUGGUGUGUUAUACUCAUCUUGGGUUUUGGACCACAGGGAGUCUUAUCUAAACGUCCAAUGCCUGUUGGAUUGGUUGGGACCAUCAGGACUCCCCUCAGGUCCACUUAGGUAGAGGAACUGACCAUCGCAUGGUGCUGCCGAUCAUCCGUGUGUUUGAUGGCGCACCAUAUCUUAGAAAGCUCAUGUGACCUCUCUGGCUCCAGAGGGAAGUGCAUGGAUGUCGGACCAGAUCAGAGUUGAGUCAAUAGCCCCUGGCUUGGCUCGAAAUACCUGUACAAUUCCUUCCAAGAGGUUAGGGCACGUGCUGACUUGGCGAACCCAACACAUACAACCCUAACUAAGUAGGUUGGUGCUGUCCAUGGUGAAAUAGCAGGUGAGCAUGUCUUUGGUGCUAUGGACCAUUUGGCUCAUUCCACAGAGGGCAAAAGCAUCCUGUUUUGUGUUGCCUCGACCUGGUCUGCGUAAAUAAUUCGCACGCCCUCCAGCUCUGGUUUACAUGUGUUCACAAGGUUCUGUUGUUGUAUGAUUUGUUGUGAAUUGAAAAUGGCUACAGGACGACAAAAUCCACUGAUAAAGGACUGUACUCAAUGUGUGUUCGUGGCCUCCCUGUAUUAUUUUUGUUUGGUCGACACUGCCGCCAAAUAGGUGGUCGCUUGUCCGACUAUCUAAUAUCUUCUGGAAUCUUGGGGCCCUGGUCAAAUUGG